UAUUUCGGGGAUCUCUGCAAAGUUCACCCGCCAAAAAUUGAAAACGCAUUUCACCAUCUUCACUCGAGCAUUCCAUCGCGUUGUCGGUCGAUUCUUUCUCGCCUUUUUCUCGCGCGCGAAGCGGAGAUAAGGAGGUGCUUUUGCUGUAUUAGCUUUCUCAAAGUACGAUCUUUUCAUCUUGAAUGAUUGUUCUCCCCUAGAUCCUGAAUCAAGAUUGCUUGUUUCGAGAGUGCUUGCGUCUGAGCUCAGAUCCGGAAGAUUUCCUGGGUAAACUGACAUUGGGUCGUGAAAUAACUGAAUUGUGAGCUUCUGGCGGCUAGAACGAGAUGUACGGGAGAAAGGCAAGCCAGUUGGUGAAAGAGCUCAGUAGCAGUGAAAAGGGGCAGCUCAAGCCUUUUAAUGACGACUUAUUUAAUCAAGUAAUCAAAGAAUGUAGUUCACAUCAUGUUGGGCUUCAGGCCUUGUUCAGGAAUAUGCAAGAAGAAGGCUUGGAUAUCCAAACAACCAGAAAUGCAGAUUUCUAUGGAGCACUGAUUCAUCAUCUUUCUCUGACUCGCAAUAAACGCUGCCUAAUGGCAUACAUGUACAAUAGAGCAGAUGUUAUACGGAGUUUGAGGUGGAAGUUAGGGCGCGUGCUUCCCAAUGAACUCGUUAUGAAGUUGAGCAACUCUGAGAAGGAGUUCUCUAAGGGUUACUCUGCUACUCUGGAUGCAUAUAUGAAUGAAAUGAAUCUGGAUUUGACAGUGGAUAUGGUGCCACCGAAGGAUCCGUACAUCCAGGUUAGAGUUCUUGAUGAUAUUGGUGAAGUGUUGCUCACUGACCGGUCUGCCAAUCUUGCUCGCUACUCAAUGCACUUUCUCAAACGAACUGAUGCUGAACAAUAUAUUUGUCAGGUUUGUUGUUCCCUCAAGUUGCUGAUAUUUCCUGGUCUCAUCAAUUCUUCCAAUCAAUCAGUUGCUCUGAUUCUGUUAACAGGGUUUAAUGGAGGAACUCUUGAGCUGACCAACGGAGUUAACCCAGUCCACGCAUUCUUGAUGGGCAUCCGCAGGCUCCCUAGCUGAACUGCACUUGCAUUAUGCCACUGCUAUAAGCACGAGCUAAGCAGUUGGUGGAAGAACAAGCAGAAGUGAGUCAGCCCAGAAUAAUGAUUAUCUAACCUGGUGAGACAGCUGGACAUAGUAGACAACACCCUGGAGAAAAGAUCAGACAUGAACACUGGUUUAACUUGCAGAAAUAAGUGUAAAUCAUUCUAGCAAUGAAGAUGACACACUGCCUAAUUUUUCUGCUUUGGCUUUCAGCAGAAGAAUGUUAGUGGCUUCUUAAGCUAUAGCAGUUAGCAGAACCCUUUUAAGAGCCAGCAAAAAUAUGAUCACCACAGACGUACAAAUACAUGAAACUUUGGAUGUACUUGAGAGUUCUGUUUUCAGGAUGGAUUACUCAAUAAUGGUGAACUAUUGUAUCUUUUCCAAAGGCUUUGUGCAAAUGAAUGAUUUUGGC